CACGGCUUCCAUCACAUUCUGGUUAAGGAGGAAGAUCGGCCGAAGACGACCUUUGUACUAUUCGAAGGCACGUGGCAGUGGGUUCGGUGCCCGAUGGGGAUUUGCAACGCGUCCGCCACAUUUUAGCGGACGAUGAACGUGACAUUUCAGAGCUUCAUCAACAAAACGCGGCUGACUCAAACUUUAAGGAUGAUCAACUUCUGCGUCAUCGUGUACAUGGACGACAUCCUGGUCUACUCGGAGACCUACCACGGACAUGCACAACAUAUCGAGUGGACUCUCGGAGCUCUGAGAGAUGCUGGGUUCAAGAUUGCGCUUGAAAAGAGUGAGUUUUUCCUCUCGGAAAUCUCGUUCCUGGGUUACGUGGUGACACGUGGAGGACUGAGGCCCGAUUCGAGAAAGGUCGCAGUUGUGAAGGAUGCUCCUGUUCCCACGUCGCUGACGCAAGUUCGCGCCUUCCUGGGACUAGCAUCGUACUAUCGUUGUUUUAUUAAAGGUUUUGCGGCAAUUGCACGGCCUCUAACAAACCUCCUACGGAAGGACCAGCCCCUCAGUUGGGACGGAGAGUGCGAGCAGGCCUUCGCCACUCUCAAGGGCGCUUUGGCCGCGACACCUAUUUUGAUCCGGCAGGACCCUUCGAAACAGUUCAUUCGCAUUACGGACUGGCAACCGGAGGCGAUCUCCGCUAUCCUAGUGCAGAAGGGGAACGACGGCCGCGAGCACGUCAUCGAGUAUGCAUCACAGACAGUGCCAGACGACCGGAGGAAUGAUUCGGCCCUGCAGGCCCAUUUUGCCGUGCGGAUCACGGAAGCGGCAAUUGACAAAACUGAGUGGUAUUGGUCCAACAUUCGUGACGAUGUGAAAUUCAUCGUCGCGAAUUGUCAGGUCUGCGCCGCUGACAAGGCGCCGAUUCGGCCGCCAAGAUCGAUAGUACCGACGGUAAUUGAACGGCCUUUUCAGAGGGUUAGUAUGGAUACUACCGAUAUUGUGGUACCCCCUGGACCCAAUAGCUGUGAUUAUUCAAUCCUAUUGGUGUUUGUGGACCAUUUCUCAAAAUGGAUUGAGGCGUAUCCGUGUCGUACGCGACAGGCGGUUGAAAUCGCGCGAUACGUCAACCGGUUUUUGGGGAUGCAUCAGGACACAAAGGAGAUCCUGACCGAUAACGGGGCAGAAUUCAGAGGGGAAGUCUUAAGGAAUUUGGUGGUACAUGGCGUCGCUAUUCGGAACAUGACCCCUCACAUGUCACAAUCUAGUGGGCUGGUAGAAAACGCAAAUCGGGUGAUAAAGAUGACAUUGCGACGAAACAUUGCGGCACGGGAUCCGAGGCCCUGGCCCGAUAUCGUGGAUCACAUCUUGGCGGUCUAUCGGGGAACGCCUCACGAGUCAACGGGCCUUAGCCCCUUUCAAUUACGGACCAAUAGUGUAGUCUGUGUCUCGAUACAGAGUCUCCCCGAUGAAUCUUCAUUGAACCGACGGCCCACAAGAGCCACGGUUCGGGACAAAGCCAAAAGGCACAUGGAAUUGAUGGAACGGUCCCUUCCCCGACUAGCCCGAAUGCGCCAGAAAAUGACUGAGUUGGCCCACGAUCGACAGGUCCGCAGUUACGAGACCCGAAACGGGAAUGCAGGACCGCGGCCCCAAUAUAAAUUAGGGGACCUGGUGCAGGUAAGGAAAUGUGCUCGCCAGGGGAAGUUAGCGCCACGAUUCUUCGGGCAAUUUCGUGUGAUCGAGCUCGGUCCGAACGGGGUGAACACGUGGUCGGCUUGCCUUGAAGGACUAGGAGGAGACAACAACCCGCCAUCGCAAGCCGAGUACUUGAACCCACGGAGGAUAAUCGAUAUCUCUUUCUUCCAGCCUCACACGACAUCCGAUGACGAAGUGUUAACGCUGGAGGAGGAAGAAGAGGAGGAAGAAAAGGAGGAAGAAGAAGAAGACGAGGAGCAAGGAAAAGAAACUCCCGAAGAAGGGAGUUACAGCGGAUACAACGAGGAAGAGUCGGGUGAGGAAGAAGAAGAAGAAGAAGAAGAAGAUCAGUUGGAGGAGGAAGAAUCUGAGUGGGAAACCCUGGAAGAAGAGGCGGAACGAGCAGAGGAGGACCCCGAGGCGGUACGAAAGCGGGAAGAAAUCGCGGCCGGCAAGCAGCAGCUCGAGUAUGCAAGUGGGACGGAUCUGCCGAUCGCAGACGAUCCAGCCAAGGACCCCGAGCCGCCUAGGCCAGAGGAUGGGGACCCUGCUGCCAUGACUUCGAGCGCACCGACCAGGCGACGGCGAAGCUGAUCCCCCUCCCCCUCCACCUCAGCCCGUCCCCCAAUUC